UGUGUUACACAACUUCCACUGUACACCAAACGAAUUCCUAACGACUGGAAACAUCAGCAGCUAACGUGAUGUGUUCAAGGUAUUUUACCGGUAAACACGCAGUAAUACGAAGAUAUUAGUUUAAAACCGGAUUCAGCGUUACUUAAACGUUAAUUCCUUAACGUGUGUAUUGUCGGCAUGUUUUUGUAGAGAUUGACAAACUGCAGUUAAAGUUAAAAAGCAGCAUCACCCUGUCAGCCGUUUCAUAUUUCGAGAAAAUUAUUAUAUAAUUAUUAUACAUAAAAAACCCGCUCAGCAGGUGAGAGUAAAGUUAACUUGGUGUGUCGUUUGAUUUAAUUAAGUUAGUAGGUUUAAGUCGAGUAGCUUGUGGAGGGGUAAACAUGGCGAGCAGCAGCAGCAGCAGUAGUAGUGUGGACAUGGAUCCAGAUGUUGCUCGGAGACUGUUUGAGGAAGGAGCCACCCUGGUGCUGCUGGGUGUUCCUCAAGGCACAGAGUUUGGCAUAGACUGCAAGAGUUGGCAGGUGGGUCCUCGCUUCAGGGGCGUGAAGAUGAUCCCUCCAGGCCUGCACUUCAUCCACUACUCCUCUGUUAACUCACCGAGCUGUGGAGGACAGAUUGGCCCCAAGACAGGCCUUUUCCUCACUCUAAAACCCAAGGAGGUCGUACUGGGUAAUUGGGAUCCCAAAGAGGAAGAUCUGGACUUCUCCGCCUCCAAGAACGAAGAAGAGGUGAGCCGUAUCCGUGCAACCCUGCGAGAGCUGGAUCCUUACCUGGGGCCUUAUCCCUAUGAGGUGAUGAGGAAAUGGGUGUCCCUCACUGACCGCCUCAGUGAGGAGGUGGCCAAUAGCCUCCAGCCUCUUUCGGGUCGGAUUUGCGCCUUUGCUGACGUCGUUCCUGAGAUUGACUACAGACACACCAAAGACAGGGCAGAACAGCCGAGGAAUGACACAGCCUGCCAGAGCAUGAGAGAGGGACUGGACAGGCUCCCCAGGAUGAAGCAGAGGGAGGGGACAGAGGUGCGUUUCUCCAAAAUCCCCAAGAAGACCUACCCUGAUGGGGCAACACCGGCCCAGAUCACCCAGUGCAGCAUGGACCUGAGUUAUGCCCUGGAGACUGUGCUGGAGAAGAACCACAAGCAGCAGCCUCUCAACCUACUAGGUGAGCUGCAGUUUGCCUUUGUGUGUUUCCUGAUUGGAAACGUGUACGAGGGCUUUGAGCACUGGAAGAGCCUCCUGACUUUGCUGUGUCGCUCAGAGGAAGCCAUGCAGAAGCAUAAGGAACUCUACCUGGGGCUGAUCGCAGUGCUGUACCACCAGCUCGGGGAAAUACCUCCUGACUUCUUUGUUGACAUCGUGUCACAGAACAACUUCCUGACCUCCACACUGCAGGACUUCUUCCAGUUUGCCAGUGGACCUUGCGUCGACGGCACCCUGCGUAAGAGAGCAGAGAAGUUCAAAGCCCACCUCACCAAGAAGUUCCGCUGGGAUUUUGAUGCAGACUUGGAUGACUGUGCACCGGUGGUGGUGGAGCUACCUGAAGGUGUUACGGUGGACUGAAACUGCUUAACUGUGGACUCAGUGUACAAUGCAGGGACACAGAAGGAGAGCUGUGAAGUUCUUACCGCUGGGCACAGAGGUUCUCAGAAGGCUUGAGGAAACUGAAGUUGCAAUCCUUCAGAUAACCUCAUGCUCUUAGUUUCACUAACAAGAGUAGCUCUCCAGCAGAGAGGGCUGAGGUUGCAAAAUGUAGGUUGUACAAUUCAACCUGUUGUAAAGAAAACCAACAUGUUAUUUGUAAAUCUGAAGUGUCACAGUCAUGGCAGAGCUGCAGUGUAGUUGGAGAGUGAUGCCCUCUGGUGGUGAUAUUCACAAUUUCAUCUUUAAAAUCCAUCCCCUUGUAUUGUUGAAAAAUCAAUUUUAAGAGAUGCGCUGGCAGCAGUGAUGAACAGUGCCAAAUACAAACAUGUUGUCUCCUACCAUAUAGUUAUGUAGUUUUGUACUAUAGACCACAUCUAAAAUUAUAUAAAGUCUACAUAAGGCAUAAAGGUUUUUGCAAGGUGAAAUUAAAUGUAUAAAGUUUUGGGACUACACUUUAUGCAACUAAUAAAGUCACUAAAUACUGUAA